AUGAGAGUGUUCGAUAAGAUCUUCUCGGUGGUGGGUUGUCCCGAAGAGCGGAGGGUAGAGCUGGCAACGUUUUACUACUGUCAUGAGGGUCCGGCCUAUCUUGAGGAGCCUGAGUUCGAUUGGUCUGCGCUUAAGGAUAGGAUGCGCGAGAGGUUUUAUCCGGCACACGUGCGAUCCGCGAUGUAUGAGGAGUUCCUCCACCUUCAGCAAGGAUCUUUGUCAGUGGUCGAGUACCAUAAGAAGUUUCUGGAGUUGGCGCGCUUCGCUCGGAUGCUCGUGCCUACGGAGCUCUCUAAGGUUGAGAAAUUUGUUGCUGGUCUGAAUUAUGAGGCACGAAAGGCCUUGACCGUGAGUAGGCCGAGUUCUCUGAAGGAUGCAUAUCUGAGUGCCGCGGAUCUGUACCGUGUUCAGCAGCUUCAACGAGGGUCUUAUGAGGUUGCUAGAAAGAGGACCGAGAGUGGAGGCUCUUCCACCUUUAAGAAGCCGCGACCGAAUUUCCAAGUUAAGAAUGCAUCAUCUCCAACCCAAGGACCCAACCGGAUGGAGCAAGGAAAUCAAGCCAAGGCGUCCCCUUGUCGUAGAUGUAGGAAGGUGCAUGUGGGACAAGUUUGUCAUAGCCAGGCGUUUAAGUGCUUUCGUUGCGGAGAAAGGGGUCAUAAGGUCGCCGAGUGCCCCCAGCAAGCCAAUCAGAGGGCGUUGCCACCACCCCCAGGAGCCGGAGGAGCCGCAGGAAGUAGCUCGAGCCGUGGAGCAGCCCCGGUGCCAGGCCAUUCGUGA